UGAAGACAGACGCUCUGGAGGCUUUCAUUCCUGAAAAAAGUGACUAACUUUUUCAUUUUUAUUGAACAAAAACAGUUUUCUUUGAACAUGUUUUCUGUCUUCAAUUCCUCUCUUUUUUAGCCGUUUGAACCACUUUAGAGAGAGGCGUUGGAGGUCGGGGUCACUGCAGGCGGCGCUCCUCCUGACUCGCCACCGAUGCUGCAGACUCAACAAGAGGGAGACGUGAAGAAAGCCGACCUUCCUCCUCCUCCUCCUCCUCCUCCUGCUGGAUUCUGCAGGAACGGCUGGAAAGAUGACACCCGGAGCUCUGCUGAAACUUCUUCUCCUUCUGGUUUCACCUCUUCAGACCGCACGCGCCCAAACAGAGGGACUCCCCCCCCGUCCGUCCGUCCCCGUGAUCGUCUCGGAGGCGUCGGGUCACACUGUCCUCCUGAGGUGCCGCUUCCAGGCCAGCUCCGACCGGUCCCUGGGCUUUGUGGUCACCUGGUCCCGCCUCUCACCUGAGGGGACGAAGGAGGAGCUUAAGCAGGAGACCACGCUCCACACCUCCGCCGUCAUAGAGCUGGACGGCUUUAACCUGCGGUUAGGGGACGAGAUUUUCUGCUCCAUCUCCAGUUUCUUCCUGGAAUCGGCCGAUGUUCGGGGGGAAUCCGUGGAAAGUCACUUUUUUGCCGGGAUCCGGCUGAAGCCUGCAGUGACGGUCCUGUCUGAGGACGCCGGGCUGCACGAGCUGCUGGUGGGGGCCACGGUUCCGGUCCCGUGUCCUGAAGGCUCCUUCUCCUCCACACACAGCUGCACUCUGCCUCUGCAGAUCAGCACCAAGAGUCAAGAUGAGGACGCGUUGGGGCCGGACCUGUCCCUGUCGUCAUGUGUGCUGGUUCUGUCCCAGGCUCCCUGCACGGAUGGGCUGUGUGGCAGCGGUCGGACCCACUUCAGUGCCAUCACAGACUUUGUCAAAGACGACAACAGGACCACUCAAAUCUCCAUUAAACCCAUCAUUUCCCGCAGUUUGCUGUGGAACGGAUACUCGCCAGAACCCAUACAGGUUGUGGUUCGGGACGUUCCCUCAGCUCAUUGCUACGCCUUCACGGACCCACACAUGAUCACAUUUGACGGCAGAUACUAUGAAAACUACCAAAUAGGAACGUUUGUUCUCUACAAGAGCAGCUUCUGGCCGUUGGAGGUCCAUGUCCGCCAAUGGGAGUGUGGCAGCUUGGAGCACGCCGCCUCGUGCGUCUGCGGCGUGGUGGUGAGGGAUGGCGGUGACGCCGUGGCUUUGGACAUGUGCAACGGAGUGAUGGGCGAAACCCAACCUCAGCUGACGGUGAGGAGCAGAGACCCGAACAGAAACGGGAUCCGGAUCGCUGAGUCCUACCAAGGGCGCAAAGUCACAAUGACCUUGGCAUCGGGAGCGUUUGUCCGUGCAGAUGUGUCGGACUGGGGGAUGAGUCUGACCCUGAGGGCCCCCGGCUCAGACCUCAAUCACACUGAGGGACUGUGUGGGACCUUUGACGGUCAACCAGACAAUGAUUUCCACUCAGCAGGGGGCGCCACGCUGGGGGAUCUGCAGGCUUUUAUCUCAGAGUGGAGACUCCCGCCCGGCAGCAGCCUGUUUGACCUUCUGCCGUCCCACCUGGACUCAUCGGAGGGCCACAGUCAGUGCACCUGCCAGAAAACGGCGUGCUCUCGUCACGCCAAUGUCCGUUUUUCCGGUGUCAUUCCCGCUCUGGAUGUCACAGCCAAACACCUUGCCUCGUUGGAGCGACGAAACGACACCCUGCAGCUCCAUCCCGGUCGCCUCGCCCAAAGUGUGCAGAGUGGAAGUUCUUUGUUCAGAGCCUCUAGAAAACGGGUUCCAGCCUCCUCCCGACGCCGCCACAGAGGCAGGACCCGUCGCAGCGUCCCCAACUCCCCACGCCAGCUUCAACGCCACAGCUCCUCCUACUUCUUCCCAGAGGACCACGAGCCGGCAGCACAGCCAGAAACGCCGCCGGUGUGGCCCACUCCCUCCGGCCUGACUCGGCAGCGAGCCGAGGCCCAGUGCCGCCGCGCCGUGGCCGAGUCCGAGCCGGCCAGCAGCUGCAGGGGCCUGCUGGGCGAGCAGACACUCCGCCGGGCCGUGGCCAUGUGCGUCUCUGACCUGCAACUGAAGGAUGACAAGUCCUGGCUGAGGGCGACGAUACCGCUGCUGGAGAACGAGUGCGAGAGGAGGCUGGAGGAGGAGGAGGCGGGAGGGUGGGAGGAGCACCAGCAGGCGGUGGACGUCCUCAGGUGUCCAGACCUGUGCGGCGGGAACGGCCAGUGCUCCGAGACGGGCUGUGUGUGCUUCCCAGGGUUUGGGACGUUUGACUGCAGCGCCCUCUCUGAUCAGAUCCCAGAGAUCCUGGAGCUGGAAAACGAGGGUCUCUGUGAUGUCCGUCAGAGAAACUGCUCCACCGUCCAGGUGCGCGGCCGGGCCUUCGAGGGUUCAAGUCAACUCAAGUGUGAGUUUGUUCAAGAAAAGUUUAAGGAUGGAGGGUGGCUUCAGGGGGCGCCUCGCUUCGUCCCCGCCUCCUUUGUCAAUGCCACAGCUCUGGAGUGCCAGCUCCCCCUGGAGGCAGGCCCCGGUGCUGCAGGUCUGGACCUGGAACCCGGACGGGGACCGCUGGCCCGCUGGCAGAUCAGAGUUUCAAACGACGGACACAGCUUCACCAACGCCAAGAUACUGACUCUUUUUGACGGCGCCUGUCAAGUGUGCAGCCUCGCCGCGGACGUCCUCUGUUCUCUGAGGGAGAAAACCUGCAGCAUCGACGGCUUGUGUUUCAGGGAAGGAGAGUCCAGACCCGGAAGUUCCUGCCUGACGUGUCGUCCGGACUUGUCCCGUCACUCGUGGUCCAGAGCAGAGAAGAACCGGCCUCCUCUGUUCCGGCCUCCACCCUUCCAGCUGCGCUCCAUCCAGGGGGAGGCCUUCAGCGUCCAGCUUCAGGCUCAGGACCCUGAGGGCUCCGCGCUGCUCUACUCCCUGGUGUCCGGCCCAGAGGGAGCAUCUCUGUCUCCGUCCGGCCUGCUGACCUGGAAGGCGGCGGCGACGGCGGUUCCCACAGACGCUCACCUUUUCCACUUCGCUGUGGCGGACGAGUGCGACGCUGAAACCAGAGCUUCUGUGGAAGUUUCCGUGCUGACCUGUGACUGCCUGAACGGCGCCCGGUGCGUCCCCGACGCCAGCAUCCCCGCAGGCUUUAGAUGCGCGUGUCCGGAGGGGUUCACGGGGCGCCGAUGCGAGGCGGACGCCGACGACUGCAAGCCGAACCCCUGCAGGCUGGGACGCUGCGUCGACGGACCGAACACCUUCUCCUGUGUCUGCCCCCCUGGAAUGACGGGCCGCACAUGCAGAGAAGAUGUGGACGAGUGCGCCUCCCGGCCCUGCUUCCCCGACGUGGUCUGCAGAAACUCCCCAGGCUCCUUCAGCUGCGGCGCGUGUCCUCUGGGUUACAGCGGAGACGGAAAAACCUGCAGCCGAAACACAGAGUCUACAGGCGUCCCGCAGUUUUCACGGAGGCCCAAACGGCCGGACCCAGCGUGGAGCACGGCGCCGUGCAGCAGAGCGCCGUGUGACCCGGGGGUUAAGUGCUUCCAAAGCGCUUUUGUAUCAGCGGGUUUUGUCUGUGGAUCCUGCCCACCUGGUUUCCAUGGAAACGGCCUCACCUGCACCAGGACAGGUCAGGAGUCCGUCAGCAGAGAGCCACAGAGUCACAUCCACAAGUCCAUCAUCAGCAAAGAAAGGAAGCCCGUGUCGUCUUCUUCCUCCACCUCACCUCAACAAGUUCCUGACAGGGGGUCCGGACCAGAACCGACCCCCUCUGGAUUCCAGAGAGUUUCCUUCACAAAAUAUGAGACCGUGGCUCCAAUUGAGAGUGGACCCUCAGGCAGAGGGAAGAUGACCCCUGACCUCUCGGCUGCAGCCAGGAGAUCACCGACCCGUCCCGUGAUGUGUUCGGGCUCCGCGUGCUUUCCUGGGGUUUCCUGUGAGACGUCAAGCUCCUUCGGGUGUGGCCGAUGUCCGAGCGGCUACACGGGCGACGGAGUCACAUGCAGAGCCGUCUGCAGGCAUCCGUGUGGGCCCAACAUGGAGUGCAGUCAGCCCAACGUCUGCACCUGCAGAGACGGUUACACCGGAUACCGCUGCCACAUCGCUCUAUGUCGACCGGACUGUCAGAACCAGGGGAAGUGUGUGAAACCGAACGUGUGCGAGUGUCCUGCAGGUUACAGCGGCCCCACCUGCGAGGAAGCGCGCUGCGACCCGCCCUGCCAGCACGGCGGCGCCUGCCAGGCCAGGAAUCUGUGCAGCUGCCCGUACGGAUACGUGGGACCCAGAUGUGAAAUCAUGGUGUGUAACAGGCACUGUGAGAACGGAGGGGAGUGCAUUUCUCCUGAUGUCUGCCAAUGCAUAGCCGGCUGGUUUGGACCAACAUGUCACUCAGCUCUCUGUGAUCCCAUCUGUCUGAAUGGAGGAACCUGUAUAAAGCCUGGCGUCUGUGCGUGUCCCCGCGGUUUCUACGGCUCUCAGUGUCAAAUCGCUGUUUGCAGCCCCCCCUGUAAGAACGGCGGUCAGUGCAUGAGGAACAACGUGUGCUCGUGCCCUGAAGGCUACGCAGGUCAAAGGUGUCAGAGGAGUGUGUGUGAGCCCACGUGCAUGAACGGAGGAAAAUGCGUUGGAGCAAACACGUGCUCCUGCGCAUCAGGAUGGAGGGGGAGGAGGUGCAGCAUGCCCGUCUGUCUGCAGAAAUGCAGAAACGGGGGCGAGUGUGUCGGACCGAACACCUGCCACUGUCCCGUGGGCUGGGGGGGCCUGCAGUGUCAAACAGCCAUCUGUAAGCAGAGGUGCCUGAACGGAGGCCGGUGCGUUCUGCCCGACCGCUGCCACUGCCGGAGAGGCUUCCAGGGCCUCACCUGUGCAGCAAAGGCAUCGUCUGCAUGAGCUGAGGAGGAUGAGAGCAAAGCGCCAAAAGCAAAGAAAGACAGCAUCAGUUUGUAUGGUGGAUGUAACUGUAGGUGUGUGCUUUGUGUGAGCUUGGGUGGAGUGGUUUGCACUUGUUCUCCUAUCCGGUGUUCCACCACCUCAGAGCUUUUCUGUCCGCUGUUCUUCGUGCAGAGAUGAUUGUGUUUGUACGUUCUCUCCGUGGCAGCUUAUGUGUCUGAAGGAACCAUAGGUCAGUUAGGAACACUGGAAUCGACCACGAGUAAAGAUUCCAUCCACGUCAUCAAACCCUAAAAAGGUUUUACCCAUCGACUGUAUGUGAGAACUGGACUGAGUCAAUGUGACAUCGUCCAUAGAAAACGGUUUACUUCCAGCCCCAACCAAAUAAAGUCACUAUAUUGGCCAGUCGGUCUUCGUUUCUAUGGCAACCGCUCUCUCCUAUCAGGAGUGAGCUUGUUGGAAGUUGAAACCGCUCCCACUUGAAAGCGGGCUACAUCGCAUCUGUCAAAAGUUAUAAACGUUUGUACAGGGGGGCCAGCAGGCUCCACCUACUUUAUGGAGGCUUCUGAUUGGCCAGUUUAGAACUUGAACUACAGAAAAAUAUCAUGGAAAAAAAAGGGGAUUAGGAAUAGAUGUUAAAAAAUAAAGGUAUCAGAACCAGAACGGUUCUUUCUGACCAAUAGAACGACUGACUAACAGCUGUUUAUUUCUCUAUAGACAUCAAUGAGAUUUUGGCUUCUUGGAACCAAUGGGUAGUUCCUGUUUGGAACGCCGUGGGGGAGGAGUUACUCAGUCCAAUUCUCUUGGUUGCAGCUGAAACUGACAGUUUUUUAGUGCCAGAAUGAUGUAGAUUGCUGUGACUGUGUCCUUCCGAGUUCUCCGAUGUUCUCUCAGCUUCUGUCAGUCACGGUUGUCCCAGAUAACUAACCCCUCCCACAGCUGUCCUAGAGUGGCGUCUUCCUGGACUGGAACCGUUUUCCCAGCGGGUCUCCAAACUGAUGAUGUCUAGAAACUUUCUGUCACUUUUCAAAAGGUCUCUGAAACACUGUUCUGCUUCAGAAAAUCUCCAUUUCAACUCGAUACCAAGAAAAUGAGACUGAUGGAUGUUUAAAUUUCAAAACAAUAAAACAACGAUGUUGAGAAUCAAA